ACCUUGAGCCCCACACCAGGGCCACACCUGCCAGGAUCCAGGGCCGCGGCUCCGGCGCGCUGGCGCGCGCGGGGGAGAGAAUUAGAGGCGGUGAGGAUGGAGAGGGGGAAGGCGAAGAAGGACAGGGAUAAGUUUUCUUCGAGCAGUAAGGAAUCGGUAAAGAUAGAAAAGGAAAAAAGGAAAGAUGCGGAAGUAAAAACCAAGGGGAAAGAGAAAGGGAAUGAAGAGGAGAGAAGGAAGAGUGUGGACGUGAAAAGCAAGAACGCGGAAGAGAGGAGGAAGGAAGAGGAGAGACGGAGGAGUGUGGACCUGAAAAUCAAGAACGCGGAAGAGAGGAGGAAGGAAGAGGAGAGACGGAGGAGUGUGGACCUGAAAAUCAAGAACGCGGAAGAGAGGAGGAAGGAAGAGGAGAGACGGAGGAGUGUGGACCUGAAAAUCAAGAACGCGGAAGAGAGGAGGAAGGAAGAGGAGAGACGGAGGAGUGUGGACCUGAAAAUCAAGAACGCGGAAGAGAGGAGGAAGGAAGAGGAGAGACGGAGGAGUGUGGACCUGAAAAUGAAGAACGCGGAAGAGAGGAGGAAGGAAGAGGAGAGACGGAGGAGUGUGGACCCGAAAAUUAAAAACUGGGAAGAGAGGAGGAGGAGUGUGGAGAGGAAAAGUGACAACGGGAAAGACAAAAGGAAGGAAGAGGAGAGACGGAGGAGUGUGGACAGGAAAAACGACAGCUGGGAAGAGAAAAGGAAGGAAGAGAGACGGAGGAGUGUGGACAGGAAAAGCGACAACUGGGAAGAGAAAAGGAAGGAAGAGAGACGGAGGAGUGUGGACAGGAAAAACGACAGCUGGGAAGAGAAAAGGAAGGAAGAGAGACGGAGGAGUGUGGACAGGAAAAACGACAGCUGGGAAGAGAAAAGGAAGGAAGAGAGACGGAGGAGUGUGGACAGGAAAAGCGACAACUGGGAAGAGAAAAGGAAGGAAGAGAGACGGAGGAGUGUGGACAGGAAAAGCGACAGCUGGGAAGAGAAAAGGAAGGAAGAGGAGAGACGGAGGAGUGUGGACGGGAAAACCCAGGGGAAUGGGAAAGAAAAAGGAAAAGAAGAGAAAAAUAAGGACGUGAAAAACGAGGAGAAUGGGAAAGGGAAGGAAGCCAAGAUGGAGGAGCAAGGGGCGGAGAAAGAGAAGGAACAGGACACGGAACAGGUCACAGAACAGGUCGAAGACAGCAGCAGCACCUCGAUUAAAGUCCUGUACCCGCCGCCGCCGCCGCCGCCGCCGGUAAGAGACCUGGGACCGGGACCCUCGCCUCGGAGGCCAGUGUGGGCGUCCAGACCCGCCGGCUCUGUUACGUCGCCCCCGAAGUGCGCAGAGAACCGGGGCUUCUGUCUGGGGGUAGGGGGAUGUGCCAAGGAGAAAAGUAACCAGAUCCUAGUACUAGGCCUGGAUGGAGCAGGAAAGACCAGUGUCCUCCAGUCCCUGGCUUCCAACAGAGUCCAGCACAGCGUGGCACCGACCCAAGGUUUCAACGAAGUGUACAUCAACACCGAAGGCAGCCAGUUGGAGUUCUUGGAGAUUGGUGGCAGCGAGCCAUUCCGAUCCUACUGGGAUAAGUACCUGCUCAAGGGAUGGCUGCUGAUCUUUGUGGUGGAUUCAGCUGAUCACGAACGAUUACCCGAAGCCAAGAAAUGCCUUCAUCAGCUACUGGAACAAAACCCAAGGCUCCCUCUGGUUGUGUUUGCCAACAAACAGGAUCUUAAAGCCGCCUAUCACAUUACAGAUAUCCACGACGCUUUGGCACUGUCUGAAGUGGGGAAUGACAGGAAGAUAUUCUUGUUUGGAACUCAGGUGACUGAGAACGGCUCAGAGAUCCCCUCCACCAUGGAGGAUGCCAGAGACCUGAUCGCACAUCUGGCCACAAAUAUGUAGAAGUGACUAGGACCCGGCCCCACUGCUCAACUCACCGUCAACCCACCAUCAAAGAGGGAUGAAUGGCAGGCUUAAGCAAACGUUUCCACUUCCAAUAAAAAAUAAGCCAUUUCCUAUUCUCUCAA